UCUGCUCCUUAGCUAAAAACAUAACUCAUCACUUGUUUCCUUUCUCACUUGCCUUGAGAGACAAAACUGUUUCGAGUCAAGCAAAGGGAGAAAAAAAAAGGAAAGAAACAAAGCUGUUUGAAACGAAACAAAACAGGUAGCAGUUAUCUUAGGUGGUCUGAGUCUCUGAGAAUCUUGGGUGGUUUGUUUUGUUUCUUAAAAUGGGGACAUAUAGCAUAAAUGAGUGAUGAUCAGAGAGAGAAGGUGAGAACUGGUGCAGUCAAGAAAGUAAAUGGGUCCAUGAAGUCCAUUUUCAUGCAUGCCGAUGGUGUGGAUUGGUGGUUGAUGACUCUUGGCUUCAUCGGAGCCGUUGGUGAUGGUUUUACUACACCUCUUCUUUUGCUUGUUACCAGCGAGUUAAUGAACAAUCUGGGCGGUGCUUCAGCUUUCACUAAAGAAAACUUCGUCCAUAAUAUCAACAAGAACUCGGUGGCACUUUUGUAUUUGGCCUGUGGGACAUGGCUUGCUUGUUUUCUAGAGGGAUUUUGUUGGUCAAGAACAGGUGAAAGACAAGCAACAAGGAUAAGAGCCAGAUAUUUGAAAGCAGUCCUAAGACAAGAUGUGGGAUACUUUGAUUUGCGUGUCACAAGCACAGCAGAAGUUAUCACUAGUGUUUCAAAUGACAGCCUAGUGAUCCAAGAUGUUCUUAGUGAAAAGGUUCCAAAUUUUCUUAUGAAUGUUGCAAUAUUCGUGGGGUGCUACAUGGUAGCGUUCAUAAUGCUAUGGAGACUAGCACUAGUAGGAUUCCCUUUUGCCAUUCUUUUGGUGAUUCCCGGUUUAAUGUAUGGAAGAGGAUUGAUAGGAAUAGCUAGAAAGAUAAGAGAAGAAUAUAACAAAGCUGGUAUAAUAGCAGAACAGGCAAUCUCUUCUAUAAGAACAGUUUACGCUUUUGUUGGUGAAAGCAAGACGAUUGCCGAAUUCUCAGCGGCCUUACAAGGGUCAGUCAAGUUGGGGUUAAGACAAGGUUUGGCUAAAGGUCUGGCAAUUGGAAGCAAUGGGGUGGUUUUUGCAACUUGGUCAUUCUUGGCUUAUUAUGGCAGUAGGAUGGUCAUGUACCAUGGUGCUAAAGGAGGGACAGUCUUCGUUGUCGGUGCAGCCAUUGCCAUGGGAGGCCUGGCAUUGGGGGCUAGCUUGUCGAACCUGAAGUAUUUCUCUGAAGCAUGUUCAGCUGGGGAAAGGAUCAUGGAGGUGAUAAAAAGGGUCCCCAAGAUUGAUUCAGACAAUUUAGAAGGUGAAAUCUUGGAAAAUUUUGCAGGAUCAGUGGAAUUCAAGCAUGUUGAAUUCGCAUAUCCAUCAAGGCCCGAAACCAUGAUUCUCAAAGAUUUUUGCCUCACCAUUCCAGCUGGAAAGACUGUGGCAUUAGUGGGUGGUAGUGGCUCUGGAAAAUCCACAAUCAUAGCACUAAUGCAAAGGUUUUAUGAUCCUCUAGGGGGUGAGAUACUCCUUGGUGGGGUCGCCAUCGAUAAAUUGCAAGUCAAGUGGCUAAGGUCACAGAUGGGUUUGGUGAGUCAGGAGCCAACACUUUUUGCUACAACCAUUAAGGAGAACAUACUUUUUGGCAAGGAAGAUGCUAGUAUGGAAGAGAUUAUUGAAGCUUCCAAAGCCUCAAAUGCCCACAAUUUCAUAUCCCAAUUGCCACAGGGAUAUGACACUCAGGUUGGUGAAAGAGGGGUUCAAAUGUCCGGGGGACAAAAGCAAAGAAUUGCUAUAGCAAGAGCAAUUAUAAAAGCACCCCAAAUCCUCCUCUUGGACGAGGCAACAAGUGCACUAGACUCAGGAUCCGAACGAGUUGUACAAGAAGCUAUAGACCAAGCCGCCAUUGGCCGAACCACCAUAAUAAUUGCCCACCGUCUCUCCACCAUCCGCAAUGCUGAUCUUAUAGCAGUUGUCCAAAAUGGCCAGGUUAUAGAAACCGGAUCACAUGACGAGUUGAUAGAAAAUGAAAAUGGCCACUACACUGCAUUAGUCCACCUUCAGCAAACAGAGAAAGAAAAGAACCCUGAAGAAGCUUACUCAAAUUUAUCUACUUAUGCUUCAUGUUCAAUCUCAAAUACGGAUAUCAACAAUACAAGUAGUAGAAGACUUUCAUUGGUUAGUCGGUCGAGCUCUGCCAAUUCGUUUUCUCAAAACCGUGCUCCGCCGACUGGAGAAUCUAUGGUGGAAGAUCAAGAAAAAUUGCCAGUCCCAUCUUUUAGAAGAUUGUUGGCAUUGAACUUACCAGAAUGGAAACAAGCAAUCUUGGGAUAUUCAUGUGCAAUCCUAUUUGGGGCAGUUCAACCUGUUUAUGCAUUCUCACUAGGAUCUAUGUUAUCAGUAUAUUUUUUGACUGAUCAUCAUGAGAUCAAGGAAAAGACUAAGAUCUAUGCCUUGUGCUUUCUCGGGUUGUCAGUGUUUUCAUUGCUGAUAAAUGUUGGUCAGCAUUAUAAUUUUGCGUAUAUGGGAGAGUACUUGACAAAGAGGAUUCGAGAGCGAAUGCUUUCAAAGAUACUCACUUUUGAAAUAGGCUGGCUUGACCAAGAAGAGAAUUCAAGUGGAGCUAUCUGUUCUAGACUUGCCAAGGAUGCCAAUGUGGUGAGAUAUUUGGUAGGUGACAGGAUGGCACUAAUUGUGCAAACCAUUUCAGCAGUAACCAUAGCUUGUACGAUGGGGUUGGUCAUAGCUUGGAGGCUUGCACUUGUGAUGAUAGCCGUCCAACCGAUCAUCAUUGUUUGUUUCUAUGCCAGACGUGUCUUGCUUAAAAGCAUGUCUGAGAAGGCUAUCAAAGCCCAAGAUGACAGCAGCAAGCUGGCUGCAGAGGCAGUUUCCAACCUCCGAACCAUCACUUCCUUCUCAUCCCAAGACCGAAUCCUGAAGAUGCUCGAGAAAGCCCAAGAAGGCCCACGAAUAGAGAGCAUUCGCCAAGCUUGGUUUGCUGGUAUUGGCCUUGGCACAUCACAAAGCCUAACAACUUGUACUUGGGCAUUAGACUUUUGGUAUGGUGGCAAACUUAUGUCUCAAGGUUACAUCACUGCAAAGGCCUUGUUCGAGACUUUCAUGAUCUUAGUAAGCACAGGCAGAGUGAUCGCUGAUGCAGGAAGCAUGACUUCUGACCUUGCAAAGGGAUCGGAUGCAGUUCGAUCAGUCUUUGCAAUUUUGGACCGAUAUACGAGAAUUGAGCCAGAAGACCCUGAUGGUUACAAACCUGAAAAGAUAACAGCCAAUGUGGAACUUCGCGACAUAGCCUUUGCAUACCCUGCCAGACCCGACAUUAUGAUCUUUAGAGGCUUCUCACUAAAAAUCGAAGCAGGUAAAUCAACUGCAUUGGUAGGACAAAGUGGGUCCGGUAAGUCAACCAUCAUUGGACUAAUUGAGAGAUUUUAUGAUCCCCUUGAGUGAGCAGUGAAGAUUGAUGGUAGAGAUAUAAGGUCAUAUCACCUUAGGUCACUAAGGAAACACAUUGCACUUGUUAGUCAAGAGCCCACAUUAUUUGCCGGUACAAUCAAAGAAAACAUUGCAUACGGUGCGUCAGAUGAGACGCACGAAGCAGAGAUCAUCGAGGCAGCCAUAGCAGCUAAUGCCCAUGAUUUCAUUUCAGGGUUAAAAGAUGGAUAUCAUACAUUGUGUGGUGAAAGGGGGGUUCAGCUAUCCGGUGGCCAAAAGCAACGUAUUGCAAUAGCAAGGGCCAUACUGAAAAACCCUGCAAUUUUACUCUUGGAUGAGGCAACCAGUGCACUUGACAGUCAAUCAGAGAAAGCAGUGCAAGAUGCACUGGAGAGAGUAAUGGUGGGGAGAACCAGUGUGGUAGUGGCUCAUAGGCUAAGCACCAUUCAAAACUGUGACCAAAUUGCAGCGUUGGAUAAAGGCAAGGUUGUGGAGAAAGGGACCCAUCAGUCAUUGUUGGCUAAAGGACCCAGUGGAGCUUACUUCUCAUUGGUUAACCUCCAAAGGAGACCCCAUGACAACACUGCUCACACAAUCAACUAAACCUAGUUGAAAAGGGUUAGAUUAGGCUUUUUAUUUAUGGUAAAACCAUCCAAAUUUUGAUGGUGAAAAGCCUAAUUUAUUUACAAUAUUCUCUUCCCAGGUUUUCCUUUUUCCUUCCCUGUGCUGAAAGGGAGAUGGGCAAUUACUGUAAUAUGAGCUUUGAUUCUUCAAAUGCAAUAAUAAAUGUCUAUGUUUAUGUC